AUGUCCUUCGUGUUCAAUUUCGACCAAGGGUUGCCCGGAAGGACACUAGCGAAUAAUCAAGCAAUAUGGCUGUGCAAUGCUCACGUUGCGGACACGAAAAUUUUCUCACGCUCGUUGCUUGCAAAGACAAUAGCGUGCUUUCCACAUUUAGGAGGCGUGAUUGAGCUGGGAGCAACUGAACUAGUCCCUGAGGAUAUGAACCUGAUUCAGCAUAUCAAAACCAUGUUCCUCGACUGCCCUUCAACUGUAGUCCCAGAUAAUCCCUUCUACUUCCCAAAUGGUACCAACAAUGACCUCACUAAUAUUCCUGAAGAUGGGCUCGACCAUCUUCUGGAUUGUCCGGAUAUUGACAUUACAUCUCCAAACAACUCGUCAAAUGAAUUUGCCGACAACCUUCUGAGGGACGAAUCGAACUUGGUAGAAGGCGAGGCUUCACAAAUCCAGAGCUGGCCAUUUAUGGACGAUGCCAUCAGCAAUUGUCUGAAUAACUCGGUAAAUUCGAGCGAAUGUGUUUCGCAAACACACGAGGAUCCAGAGUCGGUGGUCCCGUUUUUAGGUGGGAAUAAUGAAAUGGAUGGCUUAAUUCAAGAGUUGCAACCGAAUAAUGACGGGCAUUAUCAUAGUGUGCUCUCGAAUCUCUUGAAGAGUUCUCAUCAGUUGAUUCUUGGGCCUUACUUUAAAAAUGGGGGCCGUAAGUCGAGCUUUGUUGGGUGGAAGAAGGAUGAGUUGAUAAUGGCUCGGCCGGCUGAAACUGGGAAAUCGCAGAAGUUGCUGAAGAAGGUUCUGUUUGAGGUGGCUAAAAUGCAUGAAAACUAUCGGCUUGAAUCCGUUCGGAACAAAAAUGCCGACUCACGACCAGAAGUGGAAGAAAAUGAAAAAAACCAUGUCUUGUCCGAGAGGAAGCGUAGAGAGAAAAUAAACGAGAGAUUUAUGAUUCUUGGGUCAAUUGUCCCGUCUGGCGGCAAGGUUGACAAAGUAUCGAUACUUGACCAUACAAUUCAGUACUUGAGCGAGCUCGAGAGGAAAGUUGAGGAGCUCGAAUCUUACAAAGCAUCAAUGGAGUUGGACUCAACUGCCCAAACUAAACCACAGGAUGCGGCAGAGAGGACCUCCGGCAAUUACAGCCCCAAUAAAGUCACUAAUUCUAAUAAGAAGUCAUCAGCAGUCAAACGGAAGGCUUCUGAAAUCGAAAGAACACAAGCCCAUGAUGAUAUAACCAUUAACGUUAUAGACAAGGACGUGCUGAUCGAGAUGAGGUGUCCUUGGAAAGACUGCGUUUUGGUCGAGAUUAUGGCAGCUGUUAACAAACUACGGAUGGACACGCAAAAUGUGCAGUCUUCAAACACCGACGGAAUUCUAUCUUUGACUAUAAAAGCAAAGUGCAAGGGAUUGCGAGCUACAUCAGCAAGUGUGAUCAGAGAAGCUCUUCAGAAAAUUAUCAAAAAAUGUUGA